AUGUCGCAAAGUCAUGCUCUUUCAGAUGAUCAGGUCGCGGGCGAGCUCCGCAAGAUGACCGCGUUCAUCCGCCAGGAAGCUCUGGAGAAGGCCCGGGAGAUUCAGUUGAAGGCCGAUGAGGAAUUUGCCAUCGAGAAGUCCAAGCUGGUCCGCCAGGAGACCGCAGCCAUCGACACCCUCUACGAGAAGAAGUUCAAGCAAGCUGCCAUGUCGCAGCAGAUCACCAAGUCGACCCUCGCCAACCGCACCCGUCUUCGCGUGCUCGGCGGUCGCCAGGAGCUUCUGGACGAGCUUUUUGAGAAGUCCCGCAACAAGGUGGCUACCGUUGCUGCCAACGACAAGAAGAAGUAUCAGACCAUGCUGCAGGGUUUGGUCCUCGAGGGCCUGUACUAUCUGAAUGAAGAUAAGGUGUCUGUCCGCACACGGAAGAAGGAUUACGAUGAUGCGAAGAAGGCUAUUGAGGAGGCUGCCAAGGAGUUCAAGGAGAAUGUUGGCACUGAGGUGACUGUGACCCUGGACGAAUCCGACCCGCUGCCUGAGGGAUCUGCUGGUGGUGUCGUCAUUAUUGGCGGACAGGGCAAGAUCGAGAUCAACAACACCUUCGAGGAGCGAUUGCGGUUGUUGGAGAUUGAUGCUCUCCCCGCCGUUCGAGAGACACUCUUUGGAAAGAACGUGAACCGACGAUUCUUCGACUAA